AUGGGUGAAAACGGAGCCCAGAAGAAGGAUGCCAGCCAGCGACAGUUCCAUGACCUAAGUCCGCCACAGCUACAUUGGAUUGUCGCUGACAGUGACGCGCUUCAACCAAGCAAACAACAGCUAGAAGAUGCAUUGGAGAAAAGCAGAUUAUACUGGUACUCUAUCGCGUCAGUUGCUUGUAAUUAUCGCGAUCAUGGCGUCAAGCAAGAAUCUGCGAAUCCCCACCACAUGCUUUGGAAAGUCCCCAGAAUGCAUGGCGGACCCCAUACGACGUAUGCGAUUUAUAUGGGCGCAUGUCCUUGUCAAUUGCUUUUCUUUCGAGCAUCCGUUAGCUGGCAGCUGGAUGGAUCUACAGAUUGCGAUCGUGUCCAAAGGCACAAAUCAAACCCCGUGCUCUUGCAGUUAGGUACGAAGGCUCCGGUCCCAUAUACCCUCAGUGGCAAUGGAUUUCGCCAGUGGAUGGGCACGGAAGAUGAAGUGGCCGUCGGUCCGAAUUACCUGGCAAUACUCACACUGGGGUGGUGCUACAUACUCUCCGCUCGCCUACUUGAGAUCCAGGGGAGGGGUGGUAUGAUGGAAUAUACAACAUCGAAAGCGGCCGUGUAUGAUCAGGCUGCCCAUGAAACCGCAAAACAUGUAAUCGAUAUUGGUGAGGCCGACGACGACACAAUAUCAUGGUGGCUGGCAAUCCUGGCUCCUAGCAAUGGUUGGAAAGGGAUUGUCAAGCAGUGUGAUGAUGGAGAUUUUCUUGCUCCGUGGUCAAUUACACGUACAUCACAGCAGUCACUCGCAAUUAAAUGGCAGAGAAAGACGGCCACCCCGAAUUUUUCUCCUACGCCCAUGUCAUCCAGCAGGGCGUUCGAUGCUCUUUCUCGCUUUGCUUUGAUGCACAAUCUGGGCAGUCAAUUUCACGUUGCUCUUGCAACUGCCAUUACAGUGCCAACGCAUAACUGCCAUGGCUCCACGAUUCAACUUCCCGAGCCAACACUCACAGGAGCCCGGUGUUCAGCUACCCCAGCAAAGUUCAUGCCCCCUGAAUGGGUCAGGCUGUACCAGAACCUUCCUUAUUACAUUACCUUGAGCUGCAACCCCGAAACUAUAAUAUCUUCUUUGUGUGGGGCGUUUUGGGAGCCAGGUGUGCCGUGCAACCUUGUUAGUCCGUGGCUACAUCCUAUAUUGAUUGAGGUGCCAGAGGAGAAAAGGAUUGCGGAUCUACCAGGCCUUUACGCAGAACUAUUGGCCAUUGUCUGUGGCAUUCGACGGCCCACGAUAUCUGCACUUUGGCUUGGAGCUGUAGCUGGGGGUUUAGCCCCGAUAAUCCUCCGCAGAGCUAAACGUGGCAGACCCCCUCUGGACCCAGUUGCUUUUCCUUGGACUGGCAGUCCGCAAAGUUUCAUGGACAUUGCUGGCACAGGGCCUUAUUUCCACGGUCAACGCAAUGAGAAGAUAUGGAGAGCUGAUGUCUGGCGACUUCUUCACCUUCCUACUACCGAGGAAGAUGAUCUCUCGUACAAUUACCCACCACGCACACCUUGGGAGCCAUGUGGGAAGAUGGAGGCGCGCGAUUGUGCCCUCCGAGUCGCCUCCCAUUGGAAUUGUCCACGACAUCAACUCCAUUACCAACACUGGAGCUGGGAGCCGGAGAAUAGUCCGGCCAUUUACGACAAAGGGUUUUCAACAAGAAGAGUUACUAUGCCUACUACGCCGGAUAUUGAUCGUUUCCGAUCGGAAGGGGUACAACAAUUUCCUCACAGGCCACUCGAUCAGGAAGCCUCAGAGGAGGCAUCGUUAGACAUUUUCCAUUGGCUCAUCAUCAGUGGGGAGGGAUUUCCUCCGGGGGAGCUCUAUAAGGAUGCAUGGCUAGAGGGAAUUGCGGAUGACGUGGAGAGUGAUGAGGAGGAGCAAGAGGAAGACGGGAAUAUGAGUUCAGACACCCCACGAGCAGAGAAAUGCAAUGGUUUGGAACAAUGGCUAGAUACACUUCAAUAA